UUCACCUCAUUAAAAUAUUGUCUUUAAUUUAGCAAAUAGUUUUGUUUUUAUUAAAAAAGUUAAAUAUAUUUUAAUAUUUAUGGAAGAUAUUAAUGAAAGUGAUUGUUGUGGUAAUGGCUGUGCCAAUUGUGUGCUAAAUAUUAAACAAGUCAAAUCUCUUAAGGCCGAUAAAAGUGGUAAACAAAAUAUACUCAGCAGCUACACACACUUCAGGCUAAAAAAUAAAACAUUGCACCUGCCUCAAGUAAACGAUGUUUGGGAGUUGCACUUUAAAUCGAAACAUUCCAAAAAUAAUAAGGAAUAUAUAUUGGACAUGAAUGCUGGCUAUCAUUUAAUGAUGCGGAAACCUUUAUCGGAAAGAGAAAAUGUUGAAGGGGGAAAUAAUGGAAACGAAAUGGCAAUUGAACGGAAAUUUUUACUACGUCCUUAUUCACCAUAUUGGUGGGAUUGCUUGGAAAUGGAAUUUAAAAUAUUAGUUAAUUUAAAACCACAAGGACCCAUGUCGGAAUAUAUACAAAAAUUAGAAAUUAAUGAUGAAGUGGAAUUUAAAGGUCCCAUAGGCUGUUUUGAGCAUGAAACAGAUGUCAAAGGUGAAAAAUGUUUGCUAAUCAUCAGCCAAGGAGUAGCAGUAGCACCGGUUAUAGCCAUUAUAGAGGAGAUAUUAAAUAAUGAGGAAGAUUUGUUUAGACUGGUACACAUAGCCUGCUUUCAAGAUAUGCAACAUGUGUAUUUUAGGGAUAAGUUAUAUGAUUUUAACAAAUAUUGGAAUUACAAGGUGCAUAUUUAUUUAUCUCGGGAAUUAUGUGAUAAUACUGAAUGUUUAAUUAACCAACAAUGCCUAGAAACCUGUGAAAAUUUUAAAAGUAAACUUAAAUAUAAAGAAAACAUAAAACCUUUACGGUGUAAUGAAAAGGAUUUGGAGCAAUUAUUAGACAAGUUGGAAUAUAGUAAAGAAAACCUUUUUAUAAUUCUAGCUGGCAAUGGAAAAUUUCAAUAUUACUUUAAGGAAUUAUUGACACAAACCAGCUAUGGUGUGGCGGAAAGUAAUAUUUAUUUGUUGUAAUAUAAAGCGAUUUUAUAAAAGACUUUAAAAA